AUGAUGUUGGAUGCGACUCCUACGAAAGACAACUUUCCUACAAGUUAUUAUGAUGCAAAGAGGUUGGUGUCGAAGUUGGGUUUAGAAGUACGAAAGAUUGAUUGUUGCAUAAAUGGAUGUAUGUUGUUUUAUGACAAUGAGUUUGGUAUUAAUGAUGAGGCGCUGGAGGAAUGUAAGUUCUGUAAGAGUCCGAGAUAUCAAGUUCGUAGUAAAGUCAUUAACCGUAAACAAAAACGUGUAGCAGUGAAGUCCAUGUUUUAUUUACCGAUAAUACCAAGGUUAAAAAGAUUGUUUUCUUCAAUGCAUAGUGCAAGUCAAAUGACAUGGCAUCAUACAAAAAAAACAUGUUCAGGCAUGAUGCGGCAUCCAUCUGAUGGUGAGGCAUGGAAACAUUUUGAUAGGGUACAUUCUGAUUUUGCUGCAGAACCUAGAAAUGUCAGGCUCAGACUAUGCUCUGAUGGUUUUACUCCAUACAUUCAAGCAUCUGCAACUGCAUAUUCCUGUUGGCCAGUUAUCGUAACCCCUUACAACCUCCCUCCAGAGAUGUGCAUGACAAAACCAUACAUGUUUUUGACUUGCCUCAUUCCAGGACCGUGA